UUACAUAUAUUUUGCUCCAAACCCACCUUCUUAAUCAACUCCUUUACCAUCUUUCCCAUUCAUUACCCAACCCACUUCAUCACCAUGAGCCACGCCGCCGCCGACACCGCCGCCGACGCUGCAUUAGGUUCGUCGGGGAAACUAAGGACGGCUCCAAAAUCGUCAACGCCGGUGAACAGGUGGCGCAACUCCUCCAAGGAACGCGCCUACCGCCGCCGCCUCGUCGAGGUCCUCUGCUCCGCUGCCGCCAAUUCGAGGUCGUCGGGCCCCUGCUCCAUCAAGGAGGCGGCCGACUCCGCUCUCGCCACGACCGCCCACGGUCGCUCCCGCUGGAGUCGCGCCAUUCUUUUCGCCCGCCGCUGCCGCGGCAGCGGCAGCAGCCGCAAGCUCCUCGCCAAGGCAGGCGGUACACGCUGCCGGCUGACCUCGGCGCCUCCUCCCCCGACUAAGAAGGGAAACAAGCUCGGGCACCGUCUGCGGGCGCUCGGCCGGCUCGUGCCCGGGUGCCGGAAGCUUCCAGCACUGACCUUGCUGGAGGAGGCGGCGGACUACCUAGCGGCGCUGGAAAUGCAGGCGAAGGCUCUGCGAGACCUCACCGACGUCCUCUCGGCUGCCGAGUCCGGCGGCGUACCGCCGGAGAAUUAACGACAACGAGUAUAUAUAUAUAUAUAUAUAUAACCUCACUCUAUCUAAUGACUUCAUAUAUACCAUCGUGUAACUGUCAUCAAUUAUCAAAAACU